AUGGAGACUCUGAGGCAGGAGGCUGCGCAGCCCUACGUCCGCUCCAGCACUCUUGAGCGCAGCUUCCCCGCACCCCUCUACAGCGAUGCGUUUCACUCCCUGCCCGGGCCCCGCUGGGCGCCGGCCGUGCGGCAGGCGGUACGCUGGGAGUUCUCGCCCGCGGGCCGGGACGCGGCGGGCCGGCUGCGCUACACCGGGCUGACCACGGGGGACCCGCGCGAGGCCUGGUUCACGCUGCCCCGCGCGCCCGACAGCGCCCACCGCGACAUCCUAACGCGCUGGCUUGGCUGCUACACGCACAGGCGGCGGGAGUUGCCCGCAGACCUCGCGCAGCGCCUGCAGGAGACCGCCUUCUACGACCCGGUGGUGCCCGCGCAGUCCCGGAGCCCGGCCACGCGCUGGGGCUGCAUGCUCUGGAGGGACCGGCCGCUGCGUGGCCACGAGCGCGUGCUGAACCGCGGUCGCUUCGGGGCGGAGCCGCCCUGGCGCUGGGACUACGUGCCGGAGCUGUCCGAGCCGCAGCGCCCGCGCUUCGCACGCCUCCCGGAGCUGCCCCACCGCGCGCACGCGCAGCAAUAA